AUGUCGGGGCGGCGGCGGCUGCUGCUGCGCUGCCUCGUGCUGGGGCUGCUGGGCAGCGGCGGCGGCGGGCAGCGCGGCGGCGGCGAGUACUGCCACGGCUGGCUCGACGGCCAGGGCGGCUACCACGAGGGCUUCCAGUGCCCCGAGGGCUUCGACGCGGCGUCCGCCACCAUCUGCUGCGGCUCGUGCGCGCUGCGCUACUGCUGCGGCGCCGCCGAGGCGCGUCUCGAGCAGGGCGGCUGCACCAACCACCGGCAGCCCGUGGACACCGGUGCCGCCGCCCAACCAGUCUACGUCCCGUUCCUCAUCGUUGGCUCCAUAUUUAUCGCCUUCAUCAUCGUGGGCUCUUUGGUAGCUGUUUAUUGCUGCACGUGCUUAAGACCCAAGCAGCCAUCGCAGCCCAUGCGCUUUUCCCUUCGGAGCUACCAGACCGAGACCCUCCCCAUGAUCCUGGCCUCGACGAGCUUCAGGUCGCCCUCGCGACAGUCCAGCACGGCCACAAGCUCCAGCUCAGCCGGCGGCUCCGUGCGGCGCCUCUCGGCGGGCCGGCCCGAGCCGGGCAGCCUGGCGGCGUCGCCCCCGCCGCCCUACAGCUCCGGCUGCUUCCCAGCGCCCCAUCCCGCCGGCUUCCCGGCAUCGCCUCCCUUCCUGGGGUACCCUCUCCAGCCGGAGCCUGCGCUGGCCGGCAAGAGCUGCUCCGAGGUGGCUCAGGGCUGA